AUGGAUAGAUACAUGCCAGAGCAAGCUGAUCCACCAAUACUACAGAUAAGACGUAAGCGAAAGAAACGAUCUCGCGAGGCGAUGGUACAAAAACCACGUCACAACGCAGAUCAACUACAGGACUCUCACCAUGGCGCCGAACUUGGAGGCCGCGGUGUCGACGAGUUGAAUGAACAAUCAGGCUCACUGCAAGAUCGAUCUGCCGAGCGAGCGGAUGGCCGACCUAGCGAGGCACCGGACAGCCCUCGGAAUGGACGAUUGACGCCACGAGACACAGAAGACAGGCCCGUCUUAGGUCAUGAGAAGGUCCUCGAAGAAUGCCAGCACUUCCAAAUAGGUCUCGACAGCGUCGUGGAGCGGCUAGAGAAGCUAAUGGUCACACUGUCGCAAGCCGGUUUGGUAUUAGACCGAGUCGAGAAGUCGAGCAUGACAGAUGCGAAAGAGAUCCAGAAGUCUGCCGCCCUCGUCGCGACCGCCGUGAAAUUUGUCGGCGAAGGCAUCAUGCAACUGCGGCAUUCCACGACAUCUGUGUCCGAGAUGGUGGACCAGCUCAAGGUAAUGAUGACGAAGGCCGUCGAUGAUCGGAUGGAAGCCUUGAAGACAUUGCGAAUGUACAAUGUCAAUGCCAAUCUUGCCGACGAACUGCGAGAUCUGACUGUCAACGUCACUUCUGAAGCUGCUGCCGAGGAGCGCGGACGUCAAGAUCGAGCUCACCAGUAUCAGCAGCGAGACUUGUCCCAAAAGCGCGAGAUGCAGCGGCUUGUAGACGACAAUUCGUACCUCUUCACCAGUAUUGAUGGGUUGAAGCGCGAAAAGCAGGUCUUGCAUGAGCAGACGACGUCCCAAAUCGCUGACAUCGAGCGAUUGGAGAAGGAGAAUGCCGAUCUCCGCCACAAGAUGGAGAGGCUCCGCGAAGAAAAGCAGUAUUGGUAUGACCAGACUACGGAGCUUUGUGAUCCUGUCAAGGAUCUCGAGGAUGAGAAGCAAUCACUCGUCGAGGCGAUCCAGCAACUACGAACUCAGACCGCUGCACCGAUCUCUGGUGAGGAGCGCGAACGUUUGGUCGACGUUCUCAAAGCUGGAUUGGGGAAUCAACACGACCUGGGUGGCUCCCAAGAUCUUCUUCCACCUAGCUCAUCAGCACUUCAGAGGCUGUGCGGAGGCAUUGAGGCUCCUUUCGUCUACGAAGGGGCGACUACAGUCAAUGUGAAGGCCGAUAUACAGUCGAUACGGCAGAUGUUUCUUGGGUUGACGACGAGGUCACCUCAAGUCUCACCUACCAGACGCCAACAUAAGACUGCCGUGCCCCCAAGCAUGGCGGCCAAGCGGUCACCGACUAGCCCGAUGACUUCGGCAUGGAACAAAUCCGGCCGUAUGUACUCGCCUGAGCAUGAAAGCCUCCCUCAAGUUCCUCCACUUGAAUCAGGAGUGAUAGAGGGACAAUUCCAGCCACAGGAUCUCUUCCUCAAAUCGAGUUCGGAUUUGGUGACGAUGACUCCUCUCAGCGGACUUUCGCGAGCGGAUAACAUGGAUCUUGACACGUCCAGCUCGAGCAAGAUGCCGGCGUCGCAGAAGAUCGGUCCCGAACCAGCGAGGCCGAGUGAUGUGCCAGCUGCUGGGUCCGCUCGGAAUCAAGAGCCGUCGAUCGGCACGGUGUCUGGCUCGUCGGCUUCGCUCAAGAAGAUGACAUCCACGCCACUAGCUCCAGCGGCUGCCGAACAGGAGGCCGCUGAAGAGCUGUUGUUCAACGUGAAUCGAGGCAAGUCCCGCCAAGCCAGUCUGCCCUCGCAUUCGGUAUCACUGCGCGACGUGUUGUCGAGACUUGACAUAUACGAUCCGACUGUGGAGAUCACCAACAGGCGUCCGGCAACAGAAGCGCCGCAAGAUUUGAUGCAUACCUUGGGAGGCUCGCUGAUGAGUCUUCGCGAACGUAAAGCGUAUGAUACGCUGGACAAGGGCAUUCAAAGGGGUUGCAAGUGCGCGAAACAGCGAGCCUUGUAUCCUCGUAGGACUGGUGUUGUAUACGAUGCCGAACAUGGCUCGAUUUCGUGCAACGAGUGUAUUGUCGCAGGAGAAGUCUGCAUCAUGAUCUCGAAGGGCCAGAGACCCAUGAUCGUGCCUCGUGCCGGUCAUGGGGAUGACUUGGCUAAGCUGCAGGAGUUGCAAGCUUGGUCAGGCGAAUGA